CACAGCUACACACAACAAUGAUCUCCACUAAUCUGACUAUCACAGACGAAGAAGUCGGGGUGUGUUGUAUGUUUGCUAGUGCAGAGUAUUCCAGCUGUGGAGAGUAUGAGUUUUUCAACCAGACCAGUAACAGCUGUCAGGCCUGUCCUCAGUGCCAGCCAGGACAAGAGCCGCAUAUGACCUGUGGCUACGGCGUGAAGGACGAGGACUUUGCCUGUGUGCCGUGCCCACAGGGGAAAUUUUCCAAAGGGAAGUAUGAGAUUUGCAGACGCCAUAAAGACUGUGAUGCCUUCUACAAAGCCACGGUGCGCAUACCGGGAACUCCGGACAGCGAUGCAGAGUGUGGGCCAUGUUUACCGGGGUAUUACAUGCUGGAGAACAGACCCAGAAACCUCUAUAGGAUGGUAUGCCACUCCUGCCAGAACGCACCCCGCAACACCAAAGAAUGCAUGCGAAACAGUGGACCAAGAGAAAAACCUCCAAUUGACCCGGGCAGCACUACUGUGUUCCCUCACCCGGAUAAAGGUUCAAAUGGACAGGGUCACCUAGCGACGGCUCUAAUUAUCGCCAUGUCAACCAUCUUCAUCAUGGCCAUCGCCAUCGUCCUCAUUAUCAUGUUUUACAUCCUCAAGACCAAACCGAGCGGCCAGGCAUGUUGUUCCGGACAAGUUGUGAAGGCAGUGGAGGCUCAGACCAACAAACAGGAAGACAAGAAAGAUGUCCCUGACAAUGUCGUGAUCUACUCCGAAAAAGACGAGUUUGACAAACUAAAAGCCCCUCCUCAGAAGGCGGUUAAAAGUGAAAAUGACGCGUCAUCAGAGAACGAGCAGCUGUUGAGCCGCAGCAUCGACAGUGACGAGGAGGCAGCGUCGGAGAAACAGGGAUCGGCCGACACCAGCAGCCCCAACCCCAACCUGGGCCUCGUCAACCUGGGCAACAAGCCCGACCUCUGCCUGCUCUCUCUCGGGUUGCUGGAGAGCGACCAUGCCUGCAACGGGACCCCCGCCAUCACAGCUGGCCAGGCCAACAACAUCCCGAGCCCCAACCACAUUGGCAAUGUCAACCACAUUGCCAGCACUAAUCACAUCAGCAGUGUGAACGCAAUCAAUAACAACAAUAAAACCCCAGGGAUGCUACAGAGUCGAAGGAAAAAGAUCCUGGAUCUAUAUGCCAGAGCCUGCAAUGUGACAGAGGGCCUGAGCCCCACAGAGCUUCCCUUCGACUGUCUGGAGAAGGCCAGCCGCAUGCUGAGCUCCUCCUACAGCAGCGAGGCAGCCGUGGUGAAGACGUGGAGGCACCUGGCUGAGAGUUUCGGCCUGAAGCGCGACGAGAUCGGUGGCAUGAGUGAUGGCCUGCAGCUCUUCGAGAGGGUGAGCACGGCGGGCUACAGCAUCCCAGACCUCCUGAGCCGCCUGGUACAGAUCGAGAGGCUGGACGCCGUGGAGUCACUCUGCUCUGAUGUGCUAGGCAGCAGUGAGAUGGCAGGCAGUGGCCGGACGGCAAGGCAUCAGCAGUUUUCACAGCCAGCUGGUCUGUCCAUCCCCGUACUCAUCCCCCUCCCAGCGCUGUGCCAGUGUCUAGAUAUGUGGCGUAGCGGAGACUUCAGAGACUUGGAUACCUUACAGUAUACAUGUAUGUAGGGACAGAUACUGCGCUGACAAGGAGGACAGCACAUAUACAGUAUACACAUUACCCCCAUUACAUGAAGAAUGUCAGUGGACCUUUCCAGGCACAUGACCUUUUUUGUCUUUCUAAAGUGCUACCGAGUUUGGGAAAACAAAAACAAUUCAGAUGAUUCUCUAGUUUGGUGAUGCAGAUAUUUUCGAUCUGUGAGAACAAAAUAAUCAGAAUUUGUUUGUAUUUUAUGAGAUUUUUGCCUUUCUCAAAUUUUACUGUGCGCUGGACGCAAUAACAUUUAAAGAAAAAGCAAAAUUUAGUAAGCAGUUUUAAAAAAUCACAUAAAAAGAAAACAAUAAUGUGCAGCAUUUGCCAACUAAGUGCCUUUCUCAUAGGCACACCGGUUUAACAGUGUGAUUUAAGUGGGAGGAAUGAGGAUGCCUUCUUAGCUGUCCUCUCCCAGAACUUUCUUCUUCAUCCCGCUGCUGACAUAGCUAGAUGUUUGCAUCCAUAUACAGGAAGCGACCCAGUUUGAUCACAGCAUCAGUUAACAUUCAUGACUGCGUCUUUGGCUGUUCUGUCAUCAUAUAGGAGAGACAAGAAGAUACGAGCCCUCUACUUAGAAUGCCCAGCUGGAAAUGCUAAAACAUUGUUCAGCUCGGCUUUCAUCUGGUAAACACUGCUCGUGAUCUUUGGGCAUUUCGGGACAGCUCUGUGUCUCUUGCUGAAUCGUGAUGUUACCAGACACAUCUAUAGUCAAGAGUAGAAAAUGAUAUUUAAUUUAUUCAUUUUUAAGGAAUUAUCUGAGGACCACGUUGUCCAUACGCAUAUCUAAAUGCUCUUUCGAGUGUCAAUCGGCAUACAGUUCAUGAGCAUAGCAUUACUCUGCUGCCUGUGCUCUGCCUAAACACAGUAUGUAAAUCCACUUUUCACAACUUUAACACGCACAGACCAACAUGCUCUCUUGCUACAACGACUUCCUCAGCAGCGACCCAGUCUGUGACCCCCUCCUCCCCUUAAUAAUUCUUCCUCUCCCCCACUUACUCCCCUUUUACCCCAGUGCUGCGGUCUAGAGCUGCCGCCAGUCCUAAUUAUUUGGCGUGUGGCUCGCCGGGCCCCUAAUAGGCUGAAGUGUUGUGGUUUACAGAGCGGGUGCAAAGUGCCUGUGAUUUCCAGCACCCAAUUAAGCAUUUAGGGCCACUUAACCACUGAAAGACCAGUGGAAAAGCUGUAAAAACCCUGCAUUAAAAAGAGAGAUGCCACAGCAGAGGCAUGACUAACUGCCCCCAGGGUUGCUGCACUGUGAACGGUGCAAGAAUGCAGCCAGUCGCGGUGGAAGCAGUGCUACAGUCGUCUUAUAACGUCUGAUCUUGCUCAGCUUUGUGGUCGGCUCAGUCAUGCCCAGACAGGAUUUAAGCUCCCCUCAACCCUAUGGGACCAAUAUAGCAAAUGAGAACAAUAUGCAGUUGUGUGGGUUGUCCACUCCUGUAAAGCAGCUGAAGCCAGUUUAGUAUUGUACGUACAGAGACUGAGGGUGGCUCCAGUAAGUAUCAGGCUAAACUUUGUGAAGAGCGUCACAGUGAUCCUCAUUUUAGCUCCAUUAAAAGUGAUGAUGUUAACAGAUAAGAUGCUGCAGGUCAAUGUCCUGCUUUCUAUAGUGGUUAAGCUUAAAAACUCAGCAAUAAGCUCCAAAAUUCUACUUAAACAAGCAAUGCCAGGGCUAGCUUUGAUCUCAUUUCUUGGGAACUGAUCUUUAUCUUAUGCCUGAUGUUGUUAGCAUAAUGUCCCGCGACUGAUCUGCACAGACUCGAACACAUCACCUGCUGCCAAGUUCUCUUUCCACUGCUUCUUGUUCAUAUUUUACAGUGUAUUGUAAACUCUGGGGCUGGACCCCAGUACUUUAAAUUAAUUAAUGUGCAUGUUUAUCAAGCAUGUAUUCAUAUUUUAUUUACUUUAAGAUCUCUUGUCAAAGCAGAUAAAAAGCUCACAUUAAAUGUAACUGCCUUCUUCAUCAGAUCCAGAUCAAUUCAAAACAGGUUUAACUAGUUAUUUUUAUUAUGUUUUACGCUGUUGAACUUUUGUAAAUAAUCUAAUUGCUGGACUGAAUUGAAAUGACAUGGAUCCAAGUCCUGUUUUUAGGCAGGCAAAAUCUUGUCUGACAUGUAUUAUGCUGAUAGGGUGAUAUACAGAAGCUGAACAUGGAUUACUUACCUCAGUAGCACAUACAUAGUAGAACGUGUAGAAACACACACAAACUCAUCACAGAACCAAAGUAUAACUGUAUAUAUAACUUAUUAUUGUACAUAAUGUAUACAUUAAUAAAGAUGUAAUGCAAAAUGGUU